GGAAUGGAAAUGUUUUACAGUGGGAGAUUCGGAGGAGCUCGAAGGAUGGCAUAGGCGGCAUACAAUUGAACGGCAGCAUGUGCUAUGUGAUAGUCACUGGUCGUAGUUUGCUGUGGACGUUGCUGUCCCUGGUGGCGUUAAUGGCCGUUUUAUCGGGCCUCAUCACUCCAAAAUGGCUGAUUGGACCGCAGAUGAAGGACACGAAGAAUGGAUCAGAGUCCUACGUACCGACAGUUGGAAUUUUCAAUCGUUGCAUCAGGCUGCACGGGAAGAAGACUCAUUGCGCGAAUUUUAACUUGGACGGCUUCGCCACGGAUUCCAGUGUAUUUCCAGGCUGUUGGAAAGCCUCGUACUUCUUCUUGUCUUUUGGCUUGGCGAUUAUGGCGAUGACGGUGUUGGCAGCUUUGGUUGGCUGCUGCAUGCAGAGCAUCGGCAGAAAAAGCAUCUUCAAUUUGGCUGGUGUGGCGCAAGUCAUCGCUGGGAUAUUCUAUCUGUUGGGAAUGAUUUUGUAUCCAGCCGGUUGGGGAGCAGAAAGGGUUCAGAGGAUCUGUGGACCGGAAGCCGAUGCUUUCUACCUAGCUGAAUGCUCCUUAGGUUGGGCUUUUUAUAGUGCCGUGAUAGGGGUCGGGUUGACGUUUAUUUGCGCAGUAAUCAGUGGCCAAGCGGAAAAGUCCACAGCCAGCGACAAAGUUCAAGACAAGAUGAACGAGGGGAAAACUUUGAUUUGUCUCGCGUGAAACGAGAAAAACUGGGGAAUUGUAUAUCAUCUGAUCGAUGCCUUUUUUUGGAACAUCCGCAUCACGAUUUUCUAUGCCAGAAAAGUGAUGAAGGAAAAUGCCAAAAUAAUAUUCCUCCCUCUUGGAUCCGUUGGACGAAAGAACGAAAGGAGAGAGAGAGAAAAAAAAAAAGAGAAAAUUUAUCGCGGGACCAAAUUGAGAUUUAUCGAGGAUCAAGGUCGGUGAUUCUUCUUCUUCUUCACGGAGUGAAAUUAAAUUUUUGCUCGGACGGGGAGCAUUACUUAUAUCCCAAAAAUGAAUCUGUUCUGUGCCAAUUAAAUUCUUCCCCAGGUUUUCUAUCGAAAUAUAGCGUUGUAGUUGUGUUUCACGAUAAGUACGAUCGAACGUACUUUUCUUUUUUUUUUUUUUUUUUUUUUUUUUUUUUUUUUUUUUU